CUGGGAUCCAGCUAACAACAUCGGAGGAGCAAGCAGCCCAUCUAUCAGCCACACCGGAGACUAAAACUACGCAAGAUCUUCGUUUCACGGGACUUGUUUUGCUUCUCAACCCAAUUUCACCCAUCGUUGGAGCUGAAGACAAUAUCUACAGGCAUGGACAACAGACUGGUCCUCACUGUCCUAUUUGUGACGCUGUCCUGGAUGUCUGCGGGAAACUGCGUCCAAGCAGCAGGAAACACAACAAUUGCGGCAAACGUGACAACACCUGCGGCAAACAUAACGAGUGCAACAAACGUGACAACACCUGCGGCAAACAUAACGAGUGCAACAAACGUGACAACAGCAGCAGGAAACAACACAACGGCAGCACCAACCACAGGUCCCCCACUGACGACUAACACCACAGUGGAAACUCUUGAGACACCCGUUUCUAGGACAGGGUGUGGGAGCCAGAGGCUUUGUGGGACUCAGCCCACAGGCUGCGACCCCUCUGCCAACAACUCAUGUUUCUUUGCUAGUUUCAAGCAGAGGGGCAAUUCAAGAAAUUUUGAGAUUGAGGUCUCAGGAGAGUCAGAUGGCUACGUCGCUUGCACCCUGUCACGUGACAGCACACUGGGAGGAAAUGACACAACCUAUGUCUGUGCAAAUAACAACGGUGCAGUUGAAUUCUUUGGCGCUCUCCUCAACAACAACCAGCUGACUAAGACAACGCUGAACGUGAACUCUGUGAAGGGCAAAGUCAAUGGAAGAAAAAUCCAGUGUACAUUUGCUGCCACUGCACCACCACCCUUAGUCACUAGAGCAGGAGAAAGUUUCGCAAUCGGAAUCAGUACUGGACCCUUCACUAAUGGUACCCUGGGAACCUCCACCUCUAGAUUUCUGAGUCCUCUUGUAGACGUGUCAAAUUCUAACGGCACCGCUAUCAAUACCCUCAACGCCAACACCACCACCACCACCGCGUCCCCCAAUACCACUAGCCACGGCAUUACACUCCGGCAAUCUCUGACGCAAGCUGUGCUGAUGACUGUGGGUGUGCUCUCUCUGGCCAUGCUUUGAGGAAACUGAAACCCCCAAGACAAGAAAACCAUAACACUCCUAUUUACAUAUGUGUGCUACUGGAUACAAACAUCUCAAAAAGAGGUUUCCCAUAUGCAAUGCACCCAACAUUAAUUGGAUAAAUGCUUGAUUGUGUAUCAACUUACUGAAAGUAGCAGUGAUGGAGGGCGAUCACUCUUCUACAGCCUUUGAGACUCCUUUCACAUCCAUGGAGGUGCUGAAACAAAAAAAACAAGUAAAUCAUUUUAAAGGGUUUUUAAUUUAAUAUUUAAUCCAUUUUGUUAGUUUUGUAACCAUGUGACUGCUGCAUUUCUGUCCUACCAGUUACUCAAUUGCAGGCAAAUAUGUUGACUUUAUUCCUUAGGUCAAAAUCAAUCGUGUGGUUAGAAUGGGAUACAAAUGUGAUGCACAAUUACAACAAAAUCAAAUCUGUUUAACCAUAGAUGUUGUGCUAUAUUU